CUGCACUGCACCGCUCUGCGGAUCGCCCCGGGCUGCUGUCGGCGCAUGCGCAUUGCGAUGAGAUAACGAGCCGGCCACGGAACUUCCCUCCUCAUCCAUCCUUCUUUUUAAUUUUUUUUUUCAUUUUUAUAAUCUAAUAGGCUGUGAUCUCUUUGAACGUGCCUAAAGACUCAUUCUCAUUCGCCUGAGAUUAAUAGAUAGGGAUCUAAUAGCGGAGAUCGGGUUAACCCUUGCUCUGCUUGAAUAGCUCCUCUCUACCGGUGCUUCAUUCGCUUUCUGUGUGUGUGGGUGUGUGUGCGUGUGUGUGUAUGUGUGUGUGUGUGUGUGUAAGCGUUAAACCUCAGGCUUUAGUUCAGUGACUGCAUCAUUCUAGCAUCAAAUAGCAAAGAAAAUGGCAAAGGACGGCAACAAGAGCGGAUGGAAAGAGUUCAUCUGGAACCCGAGGACCCGCGAGUUUUGCGGGAGGACCGCAAGUAGCUGGGGCCUGAUCUUUUUGUUCUACGUGGCCUUCUAUAUCUUCCUGGCCGGGUUAUUCAGCGUCACUAUCUAUGUCAUGCUCCUGACCCUCGAUGAUAAUAAACCAACCUACCAGGACAGGCUUGCUACGCCAGGCAUGAUGAUCAGACCUACAGGUGAAGAUCUGGAGAUCAUCUACAACAAGGAGAACACCGAGAGCUGGGAGUCAUUUGUACAGGCACUGAACAACUUCCUCUCACCCUACAACGACUCAGUGCAGGAGCAGAAUAACGUGGAAUGUACCCCAGACAAGAACUACAUCCAAGAAGACAGCGACAGUGUGAAGAACAUCCCUAAGCGCUCGUGCCAGUUCAAGCGCAGCUGGCUGGAUGAGUGCUCAGGCCUGAAUGACCUUAGGUUCUAUGGCUACGAUGUGGGCAAGCCGUGUGUUAUCAUCAAGCUCAACCGGGUGAUCGGUAUGUUGCCAGGGAAGAACGGCCCAGCGCCGUCUGUUAGUUGUGGUCCCAAGGGUGAUGACGGAGACAAGAUGGGGAACGUGACAUACUUUCCUGCCAACGGCACCUUCAACCACAUGUACUUCCCUUACUAUGGCAAGAAGGCACAGGUGAACUACUCUCAGCCUCUGGUGGCCGUCAAGUUCAUGAGCCUGACGCUAAACGCCGACGUGAACGUGGAAUGCAAGAUCAUCGCCGGCAACAUCCAGUCUAACAACGACCGCGACAAGUUCGCCGGCCGCGUCUCGUUCAAGCUGAGGAUCAACACGAAGAAUUAGUUUGAAGGGAGUCUGUGAAGUUCCUUAGACGCUCUUGUGUAUACACAUAGACAUCUGCUUUAUACGCACACACACAUAGACCAUUCACCACACUCAGAGACAAACACACCACUCUCAUACGAUCAGAUGUGUCAUCAAAAAUUUGUGCGUGUGUGUGUGUGUGUGUGUGUGUAUACACUAAGUGUUUCCAAGUAUUACUAGUUUAAUCUGAACAUGAGAAAUCUAUUUAUACUGCAUGACUAUAAUGUAAAAGAAACAUUCACGAUGGAAAGCAGUGAGGAUUUGAUGGAGAGGCGGAGAGGUUGUGAUGGAUCGGGUCACGUGACUCAAAAUGGGGCAAAACACCGAUUUACGGAAGCGUACAAUAAACGGAAUCGAGAGCAAGGGGGUGCUUAAAAAGUGUGAGUGGAAUUUUACUUGCUAACGCCGUUUUUCUGCAUGUGAGUGUGUAUGAGUGUGAGUGUGUGUGUAUGAGAGAGCGUGUGUGUGUGUGUGUGUGAAUUCUCUCCUACGCUUACACACUAACGAUACGUAUAUUUUCUAAUUAACUUUAAAGAUUAUACGGUGUAUCCUUCCACCCAGAAAUUCCUCAAAUAUUAAUAAACAACAAUAUUAAUAAAUAUUAAUAAACUCUUCGUAAUACAAAUAAACUGGCCAUUUUUAUAUCUGUAAAAAUGCUUGUGCACCUUUUCAGCCACACAGCUGCACCCUAGCAACGACUUCAGUCGGAAAAUACUCGUCUCUGAUUGGUCAACAGGUGCAAGGCACCGCCCACUGAAGCGACCCAAAUAUCAGUAAAAAUCUACUUUCGUCAUUGUAUCUCUCGUGUAUCGGCUGCGUGUCUCGAUGUUUGUAUUUACGCGUUAUAACUAGAUCCAGACGCCAGACAUUAUAUUGAAAAAUAAUAUAUCUGACACUGUUGUGUCUAAAAUGGUGAUAAAUAAAUAAAUAAACAAAACCAUGGCACGGUUUCUGCGAUUCGCCCUCAUUUUAUCAUCACUGCUGACGUCACGCACACGUUCUCCACCCAGCAUGCCUCAUUCACAUGAGGUGAAGCUUCUUCUGCUUAUUUAUAUAUAUCUCUAAAUGUAUAAAUAAGUGAUAUAUUAUAGUUUUGCAUGUAUAAUAAUGUAUUUCACGUCGAUUUAAAGAAAAGAAAAGGAAAGAAAGAAAGAAAGAAAGAAAGAAAGAAAGAAAGA